AUGGCUUCCGCGCUUUUCUUCUUGGACCUUAAGGGCAAGACCCUUCUUGCCCGCAACUACAGAGGUGACAUUCCCAUGUCUGCAGUCGAAAAGUUCCCAAUACUCCUAUCCGAAGCCGAAGAAGAGUCAUCCGCCGUUCCCCCUUGUUUCUCAGACGAAGGCAUCAAUUACCUCUACAUUCGGCACUCCAAUCUCUACCUUCUCGCCCUCACCAAACGCAACACUAACGCCGCCGAAAUCCUCCUCUUCCUCCAUAAAAUCGUCGAAGUCUUCACCGAGUACUUCAAAGAACUCGAAGAAGAAUCCAUUCGCGACAAUUUCGUCAUCAUUUACGAACUGCUGGACGAAAUGAUGGAUUUCGGCUACCCGCAGACUACAGAGAGCAAGAUCUUACAGGAAUACAUUACGCAAGAGUCGCAUAAAUUGGAGAUACAAGCGCGGCCGCCGAUAGCGGUCACGAAUGCUGUCAGUUGGCGCAGCGAGGGUAUACGGUAUAGGAAAAAUGAGGUGUUCUUGGAUGUGAUUGAGAGUUUGAAUUUGCUCGUGAGUUCGACGGGCAACGUGCUGCGCUCGGAGAUUUUAGGGGCGGUGAAGUUGAAAUGUUAUUUGAGUGGGAUGCCGGAAUUGAGGCUGGGUUUGAAUGAUAAAGUGAUGUUCGAGUCAACGGGGAGGGCGACGAGGGGGAAGUCCGUGGAGAUGGAGGAUGUGAAGUUUCAUCAGUGUGUGCGGCUGUCGCGAUUCGAGAAUGAUAGGACGAUCAGCUUCAUUCCCCCAGAUGGCGAGUUUGAGCUAAUGAGUUAUCGAUUGAAUACUCAGGUCAAGCCGCUGAUUUGGGUGGAGAGUGACGUGAGGAUUCACUCUGCGUCGAGGAUCGAGUUCACGUUGAAGGCUCGCGCGCAAUUCAAACGACGGUCGACGGCCAACAAUGUAGAGAUCCUUGUCCCCGUCCCGGAAGACGCGGAUUCGCCUCGCUUCCGUACCAACAUUGGUAGCGUGCAUUACGCGCCGGAGAAAUCAGCUAUAAUAUGGAAGAUCAAGCAGUUUGGUGGGGGUAAGGAGUUCCUUAUGCGCGCCGAGCUGGGCCUUCCGUCCGUGAAAGGAGAUGAUGAGCAGGGAGGGGGAAUGAUGGGUGGCUUUGGGGGGAGCAUGGGAGGCGUUGGAGGCGCCGGGGGAGGCAAAUCGAAACGACCGAUCAACGUCAAGUUUGAGAUUCCGUACUUCACGACGAGUGGUAUCCAGGUCCGGUACCUGAAAAUAAUAGAACCGAAGCUUCAAUAUCCGUCCUUGCCCUGGGUGAGGUACAUUACCCAAUCCGGCGACAUCGCAGUGCGGCUACCCGACGUGCAGUAA